UUUUCCCUUGGAGCUCUGGGGCGCGGGCUAUUUGUAGAUUAUGGCGGGCUCUUGGUCAUUGGAUCGUCACAGAGGGUGUACCUCCACUUGCUGCGCGGGUGACCUCAAGGAUAAGAGGAACGACUCGUCGCUGUUGGGCAGGCGGCUCUCGGAGGACUCGGGCCGCCACCGGCUGCUGGAGAAGUGGGCGAGCAUGUGGAACUCCGUGAGCACAGACGCCUCCGAGGCCAGCACCGAGAAGUUUCCCGAGGAGGCGGCCCCGGCGGAGCCCCCGCUGGUGUUCCUGUGCUCUGGCUGCCGGCGUCCGCUGGGCGACUCGCUGAGCUGGGUCACCAGCCAGGAGGACACCAACUGCAUCCUGCUGCGCUGUGUUUCCUGUAAUGUUUCUGUGGAUAAAGAGCAGAAGCUUUCCAAACGUAAAGAUGAAAAUGGUUGCAUUCUCGAGACCCUGUACUGUGCGGGUUGCUCCCUCCAUCUUGGCUAUGUAUUCAGGUGCACUCCCAAGAAUCUAGAUUAUAAGAGGGACUUGUUUUGCCUCAGUGUUGAAGCCAUUGAAAGUUAUACUUUAGGGUCCUCCGAAAAACAAAUUAUGCCAGAAGAUAAAGAGCUUUUUAAUCUUGAAAGCCGAGUUGAAAUAGAAAAGUCUCUAAAACAGAUGGAAGAUGUCUUGAAAGCAUUGCAAACGAAGCUGUGGGAGGUUGAAUCAAAAUUGUCCUUUAUGAGCUGCAAAAGCUGAACUCUGUUCCAUGUUGCGUGUCUCUUGUUCUUUCCCAUCCAUUAUGUCUUAAAUGAGAAGAAUUGUAGAAUCAUUUCUGCAGCUGUAUUUUAUGGCAAAGAGGUGAUUAUUUCCCACAUUAGAAUUUUUAAGCUAUUUUGUGAUACUUGCUGGAAUUGAAAUUUAGGAGUUUGUAUUUUGAUAAGAAACUGGGCUGAGUUUUUAGAAUUAUUUUCUUUCUGUGUCAGACUCAUUAUUAUUGAUUUUCUAUUUUUUAAAGAAUAAUUUUGCUUUUAAUACUUUGGACAGUGGGCUGGGAUUGUGGCUCAGCGGUAGAGUUCUCAUCUAACACGUGCAAGGCCCAGGGUUCAAUCCUCAGCACCACAUAAAAAUAAAUAGAUAGAAUAAAGAUAUUAUGUCCAACUACUUCUAAAAAAUAAAUGUUUAAAAAAAUACUUUGGACAGUAUUAAAUAGUGAAUGGUAAAAAUCUUAAAGAGUUCUCUCUCUCUCUCUCUCUCUCUCUCUCUCUCUCUCUAUAUAUAUAUAUAUAUAUAUAUAUAUAUAUUUAGUUGUAGAUGGACACAGUACCUUUAUUUUAUUAUUAUUUUUUUAUGGUGCAGGGGAAUCGAACCCAGUGCCUCACGCAUGCUAGGCAAGUGCUCUACCACUGAGCCACAGCCCCGGCCCUUAAAGAGUUUUUUCUGCAUCUUGCGUGAUUGAAUCUUCUUUAAAAACUAAUGCUUAAAGUUCUCUGGAGAACCUGUCUAUUGAGUUAUUUGUCAGAACCAUGUGGAAACUUAGACAAGAACAGAGUAGCACAAAUGUAUAUAAGGGUCCCACUUUAUGCUACUUAUUUACUACUGUAUGCUAAUGAAAUUUAUCAGAGAGUAAUAAGUAUCUCUAGGGGUAGGAUUCUGGGAGAAUUUUUUUUUUUUUUUUUUGGUUUUCUGUAGUGUAAGACAUUUAUUAAUAGUAAGCAUGUAUUAUUUUUAUGACCAGGAAGAGAAUAAAGAUUAAAACAAAGUGCUCUAAGAUUGAUUUUUACGAGCUGAAUCGUGGUAUUUGAGGUCAGAAAUCCUGGUGCCAUGGAAUUUGCAUACUCGCUGAGCAUGGAACCAUGGCAGGCCUCUCAGGAAUGUAAAGGUGACCCCAGAUUUCCCCAGGGCUCUCUUUGUUUCUGGAUGCAAAUGAAGUCACAUAAAAAUAUGUACAAGUACUUCUCUUAACUUCUGCUUAGAAGUUCUAAUAUUCCUGAGAAUAACAGAAUUAUUGUGUCAAUGUCCCAAGUCAUAUUGUCUUGUCAUUCAAAGUCCUAGUGUAACUGCUUUAUUAGCCAUGUGGCCUGGGGCCCAUCAAUUUGAUUCUCUUUUUCUCAUCUGUAAAAUAAUUACCUACCUUUCUUACAUCAAGGAUGAUCAAAUUAGAAGAUGUACUUGAUCGUACUUUGAAGACAGGCAUCACAAAAAUAAAUGAUAAAGAUUUAGUCCUCAGGAGACUUGACUUGAUUUAACUUCUAGCUGGCUAUAAAGGCCAGUUUGAAUUGUCAACUUGAUUGGAUUAAGAGAUGCCAACGAUUAAGAGGUUUAUGGGUAUGUGGGUGAGAGUGUGUCUAGGAAUGAUUGGCAUGUGGGAUAGCCAACUGAAAUGGAGACCUCCCUAAGCAAGGACAGCACCAUCCUAUAGGAUGAUGGCUUGGAUAGAAUAAAAGAAGAGCAAGGAAGCAGAUGCAAGCUCCAUUCUUUUUGAACAACUUCUUGAUUGCUGCUGUGAUCAUCUGAGGAUAUCGGCUCUUGCUUUUUCACUCUUCCAAAGCGUACUCUGCCAGUGAUUCUUCAGAAGCCUUCCAUCUUGUGCUAGGGUAGCUUGUUGAUCCCUCUUGUUCUGGGGCUUUAGCCUCUUGGACUUCGAAGCUACUGAUUCUUCUAGCUCUCUAGCCGGCAGAUGGCCAUUGUGGGUUAUCCAGCAUGUGGUAUCUUAGGACAACCUAAUAAAUCCCCUUUUUAUGAUUAUACUUCCUGCUGAUUUUGUUCCUGUAGAGAGAACCCUAAUACACUGGCCUACCCAUAAGAUUGGUGGAUAUGAAAGAAAAAAAAAAUGCACUCAAUUAUCUAGUUUCUUUUCCAGUUACAAAUAUGUGAACAUUGAGGAAAUUUUAAAAAAUAGGAAAAUAGUGGAAAGAAAAAAAUAAAACCACAAGUCUGACAAAGAUAAUUAUGAUUCACACUUUUGAGUGUGGCCAUUUUAAUAUGGGAAUUUGGGAUCAUACUGGACAUAAUUACUUUUACUUAAAAUAUUUCCUGAUAUAUUUCUACAUUAUUAAAUAGAGGUUGAACAGCCGUAAUAUGAAAAUCCAAGAUUUGAAUUGCUCCAAAAUGUAAAAAAAACCUUAAAAUCUAAAACACUUCUAAGUCCUAAACACUUUGGAUAACGAAUACUCAACCUAUAAUCCCUUAUACCCUGAGUUUUGUCUACUUAUAAUGAAACAUCAUAUUUAAAAACUUGUCCAAGGGGCUGGGGAUGUGGCUCAAGUGGUAGUGCACUCGCCUGGCAUGCGUGCGGCCCGGGUUCGAUCCUCAGCACCACAUACAAAAAACAAAGAUGUUGUGUCUGCCGAAAACUAAAAAAUAAAAGACCUCUC